AUGCCUAUUAGCACAUCCAACGGCGCGACAGAAUCAGAAGCGGCAGAGUCUUUUUGUUUAGGUGGAUCUUCGCUGAGAUCGCAAAUUGAAGAAUUCAGAAAACGUGUCAAAACUAUUCCCAUCAACAGUUGGAAACUAGCUAAAAUUGAAACAAACUCAUCACCAAGUACAGAUGAAAAUUCGAAUGGGGUUACUCCAAAUUUGGAUGCACCAAAGAUGUGUCACAAUCGUAUUGCUUCCUACCGACAUUUGGACAGUACGCUUAGCAGUGAAAAUAAUACAAUAAUAGGUAGCCCCAACAUCAGCCAUAUUGAACCCGAGUGUAGUAAUGCAAAUCAUCAACAUUGCAAUAAUAAUAACAACAAUACAUUAGACUCCUUUGGUGACGAAAGCAAACAAACGUUGCAGCUGCAACAAUGUCAAUCUAAAAAUGUAGAUAAAGUAUUACCUCAAUAUAGGAAAGUCGCUAUAUUUGGUGUGGGUGCAGGCAGUAGUUCGUCGUCCGCGUCUGCAUCACAACCAAAUGUUACAAAUUCGAAUUCCAACUCGCCUUCAGCAGGCAGAAGCACACGCAGUCCGUUGGCUACAGUUUCUGGCAACAACCAUAAUCGAACAGUAAGAAAUGCUUCACAGCAUGAGAGCAUAGGAGGUAAUGGCAUCGCUACAAUAAAUAACUCAACAAAUCCCAAUCCUAUAUUAUAUGCAUCCAAUUACAUGCCCAUGCCUUCAACCAGCAAGCAGAUAACUAUAAUCAAACAACAACAGCGACAACAGCUUCAACAGCAGCAGUUGCAGAGGCAAGUUCAAAAUCUAAGCCAACAUCAGCAGAAGCAAAAACCUAAUGAGCAGCAUCCACAUAUGGCUUUAUAUGACAAUUUCUUCUUGUUUCGACAACAACAGUUGCGUGAUCAUGUUAACGAUGGAAAGGAUCAUUUUAGCUCGUUGUCGGAUGAGAUUAUUUUACAAAUUUUUAAAUGGCUUCCUAAAAAAAAACGUUAA